AUGGAAACAUACAACAGCGUCCUCGAUAUGUUUGAUGGAGACAGAAGUCUUUCACAAUUCCUCGUCACGAUCCUCACAGUACCUCAAUUUUCCAACCACCCUGCAGUUGUUGACCUUCUGGCCAACAUAGGUAACAUUAUCUGCACCUUAUCGCGACACCAGAAUCUAUACAACCCUUUAAUUGGGUGGGCCAAGGAUGCCAUUAGUGCAGAAUGUGCAAGGGAGGUUCGAGAGCUCACAAAAGUUGAGAAUGGGUCGCAUUUUAGUGCUGUGCAUGCGAAAGCUGAGCAAAUAGAGGGCUUCCAAAUUGAUGGUAUGGCUCUACAGAUUGCGGGAGAGGCACCAGUGCUAUGGGCCCUGCUUGAUUCCCUCUUGUCCACGAGAGCUCUUCAAGUCUCGAAAAUUGAAAGCAAAGGGCACAUGGAGAUCAGAAUUUUGGUAUCGGAUGCGCAAGAAGCUGAGGACUCAGAAUACUGGGCUCAAGUAGAUGACCUAGAAGGCGUUAUAGAAGGCAUCACUGGUGAUUGUAUAUUGAGAGCUGAACACCUCGCAUCUCAACGUAGUGCGACAAUGAUGCUGUGGAAAGUAGUAAUUGUUUCGCUUCUAAAGAAAAGCACAAAUCAGAAAGCCAACUCGUUGUCAAGCAUACUUGGAAUAUUUUUGCAUUCAACACAUGCACCGGAGAAAGUCAUCGAAACGAUGGCGAAGAUGGGUCUCUCGAUAUCCAUCAAUGCAAUUCACAAUACAGUCUGUUUGCUAUCUGCAGAAUCAAGUCAUGCGCUACAAUAUCUUGGACAAACACUUCUAGCGGUGUAUGCAUAUGAUAAUUUCGACAUCAAUCUGAAGUCCACCAUUCCCACUGCAGAAAAAUCUACCGACACUCUGAAACAUCUGACAUUGGGCUUACUGUUUCCCCUACAACAUGGAGUCACUCGUGAUGACCUAAAAUGUUCCUAUGAACUGUGGCGAAAAUCACGACUCAACCCUCUAAGUGAUUGUUCCAUUGGACAAACCUGGAAAGACUUACUGUCGCUACACCAAGAUGUCUCACGUUCUUCAGGUCUCUCUCGACGCGACCAAUUUAACUCCUGGAAGUUUUUGCAUGACCUUUGCCAUCACAGUCCGCCAUAUUUUGCACAGUUUCAGUCUCAAAUAUCAGCCCCCCAGGUGUUGGAACAAAUACCAGUUGCAAAAACUCCGCUCAUACCAGCCUCGGCAAUGGAUGUCAACAACUCAACGGUCACAGGAAACAUUCAGGCAAUUGAGAGAUUGAUGGCACAAGGUGGUGUCUUUGAUCCAGCGGAUGUGGAGGAUGGCGAGUCGCCUGAUGUUACAGAGUAUGUGGUGCUUGUUCAUGGAGACCUGGGCACGGGCGAACACAUUUCGUCUAUGCAGCAACAUCAGUCCAUUGAAACAACUCCAUGGCGGCGAUUCCAACACAUAGUCUUCGUGCCUGGCUUGUUCCACUUGAAAAUGGCAGCCGCAGAUGCAAUAUGGAGGGCAUUAAUCCAGCCAUUGUCAGUGUGUCAGGACCAGACGAGUCUGAUGCACGAUAUUGCACAGCUACGACCACAUGAAACAGGGAUUUUUGGAUCCAAGCCUGGGUUAUGGAUGAUGCACCAGCUCAUUGGCCAUGAUGGGAUCUGUCGGCGUUUGGAUUGUUGGCAGAUAGAAGUUGAAAAAAUAAACAAUGCUCACAAAAUGCUCAACGACUUUGCCAUUGUAAAACCAAGCCUAGAGGAACUAAAGGAGAUUGCCAACCAACUUGCUCGAGAGUAUAUCACUACCUACAAGCUAACACGAGCUCGUCGGAAGCCUAAUGAACAAUGA